CACGCCUCUCCGCAACCCCUCUCUCUCUCUCUCUCUCUCUCUCUCUCUCUAUCUUCUAGCUGCUGCAAAACUCUUUUGUAAAUUUCGUUAAUCGUCACUCUAAAAAUUCCCCCAAAUUUUUACCCGCGAAAAAUUAGGUUUUGUGACGUUUUAAUCUUUUAAUUUUCUUUUCAAAAUUUUGAAGAACAAAAAAAAAAACCUCAGAUCUUCCCUCUUUCUCUCUUCUAGGGUUUCUCUCUCACUCACUCACUGAUUCGUUUCUUUCGCGGCUCUCUUUCUCUCCUCUCGUGUUGAGAAUGGAUGUGGCCAUUAGUGAUGAUGUACCGGUGAAUCUCGAAUCGGUUGAAGAAAAGAGAGAUGAAGAAACUGUGGAAGAAUCGCCGGUGAAGAAGAAGAAGCCACGUUUUGAUGAGGAAGUGAAUAGAGUGGCGGAGAUUGUAUUGGUGUUAUCGGCAUUGCGGAAGAUUCGAGGUGGGAAACCCCCGACGGAAUUGGAGAUUGAUCUAAUGGUGGAAGCUAAAUCGAAAUUGGUUGACAUGUGUCAAGAGUUUACUCCCAAGGAUAUUAUUGGUGUUGAUGCUAUUGGAGCUGUCAUUGAAGAUCUCGGUUUCAAUGGUAAGCUUAAGGAUCAGAGAUUAGGGUUUCGAGCUCCUAAAUUAACCAUCUCUGAGAAGCUAUCUCUUGGCAAGAGAAAGAUGGAGGAAUUGAAAAAGAAUCCAGUAGUAUCAACUACAUCUACAUCUCCAGCAGUAAAUAAUGUUUCUAUGGCGCAUCAGUGGCCUAAUAGCGAGAUGAAGGCAUCCGCUAGUUCUGUUAAUGCAUCUGGAAGCCAUUACGUUAGGGAAGCGUCAGGAAUAACACAAGCUAGAAUGGAGAGACCACAGUUUAAGUCAGAUUUGCAUACCGGUACUUCUCAGGGACCAGCAGUUCCUGCCGGAAAUUAUUUUGGGAAUACUACAACUUGGUCUGCCCAACCUCAUUCCAGUACCUCCACCAUAUCAUUUGGUACUGCAUCAGAUAGCAAGGUUCCUGUUCCGAGUUCUUCCAGAAUCUCAGAUCCGAGCUUUAGACCAUUUAUGUCUCAAACUCCACCAGGUGCAUUCCCAGGCAUGAAAGGAGCAACUUAUGGUCAAACUUCUUCACCUUUUGGAAACAACAACCAUGCUGAAAUUGCUAAGUUAAUCCACAAAGUUCUGCAACCGCGGGCUAAACAAAAUCUCUUGUGGAACCCACCUUCAAGAGAAUACAUGAGUAAAGCAAUGACAUGCCAAAUAUGUCAAGGAACUAUCAAUGAAAUAGAAACGGUGCUAAUCUGUGAUGCUUGUGAAAAGGGAUAUCACUUGAAAUGUCUACAUGCUCACAAUAUAAAAGGUGUUCCGAAAUCUGAAUGGCAUUGCUCAAGAUGUGUGCAAUUAUACAAUGGCAAGUCUUUUCCUCCUAAAUACGGCCGUGUCAUGAGAAGCGCCACUACAGCAAAAAUGUCUUCUAGUACAGCCGAAGUUCAAUUACCCGCAGAGAAGGGGGUUGGUAAAAUGGAUCAAAAGGUUAGUCAAGAGGGAAUGCCACAUCUCGAGACAGCAAAACCAACUAAGGAUUCAGCUAUGGAACAAACAGUUGAAGCUGAAGAUGUAGCUAUGAAUCCAAUAGUUGAAAAAGCUAUGAGUGAAAUGGUGGAAGCUGAAGGUGCAGCUAUUAAUCCAAUAGUUGAAGCUGAAGAUGGAGCUAUGAAUCCAAUAGUUGAAAAAGCAAUGAGUCAAAUAGUUGAAGCUGAAGAUGCAGCUAUUAAUCAAGCAGUUGAUGCUAACUUUCAAACACAAGCUCCCACAGGAAACGAUGAUGCUGAGAGUGAUGAUCCUUCGGAACCAGUAUCUCACUCAGAGACUCUUAAUCCUCCAGAACUAGAGAAAAAAGAAGUUAUGAGGAAAGAUGCUACUGAGAGAUCUGUUUCCGCAGAUUGUCAAGAUAAAAACUCAAAGAUCAUAGCGGAAUCCUCAUUACAAGAGGAGAUUUCAGCUUCUCAGACAGAGAACUCACCAACCCAGCCUCCUUCGCAAUCUGACACAGAUCAUUCCCAACAGCAGAAGACGACACCAAAUGUCGAAGAGGAGAAAUCAGCUUCUCAGGCAGAGAACUCACCAACCCAGCCUCCUUCGCAAUCCAACACAGAUCAUUUCCCAACAGCAUAACAUGACACCAAAUGUCGAAGAGGCUACUAUACCGAAAAAUGUCACAGAAAAUCCAGAGGACGACAAAAGCUGUUAAUGGUUCAGACAAAAGUUACAGGGGGCAGCUCACUCUGUCCACAACAGUCGGUAUUCGCACUCUAUUUGGUCCUCAAGUAUAUAUAAAGUAAGUGAUGAAGUCUUUGAUUUAACCUUUUGGGGUAGGUUGAAUUUCUAAAUCUAUAUUCUAUGAAGUGCGUGUGUGGGCUUUCAAUUUUCUGAGCAGAAGUAGUGACUGAUUUAGUUUAGCUUGAACUUUUUUAAGACACUUUGUGAAAUAAAUCCUGAAUUCACUGU